CGUACAACGUAUUUGCCGCAUUAAAAUUGAAAAAUUGUUUACGUUUCUUUUUUAGUUUUUAGUUUUAGUUCGAUGUUAACAUUUUUACCAAUAGAUACCUCGACCUCCAUUCAAACAUAUUUUUGAUAAUACAAAAAUAAACAAUGGAAACGUGUUCACAUUUAUUGGAGACACGAAGAGUCAUGGAUAAGUGCCUUGUUUGUGAUAUCCAAGUUCGGGACAUAACCCUCUCUGCAACAGGACUUCAAAUCAAAACCAACAAGUGGUUACAUUUGGAGGAUUGGCUUGAAAUCGAUGCAGCUAUCGAAAGAAUAUUGGAACCUUUCGUUCAUUCAGAAACUUUGGAUGGCUUCGAAUCGAAUAACUUUCAUCUCGGCGGAGCCAUACGGAUCGAUUGUAGAAAAACAAAAGUGUCCAGAUCGCACAAAAGAAUUCUGGGCGAAGAGCAGAAGUAUCUACCAAUUGCUCUCGAAAUUCAAGUCACGAAAAUUAAUACAAAAACCCUUAUGGAACAGAUUACGAUGUUCGAAAAGAAACUCAAUAAAUUGAAUACACAGAGUAGAAAAGUUUCACCGACAAUCGAGGAAGAAAAGAAUUUAGUUCAGAAAGAAAGUCAACGUGAAUACGACCCAACGGCUCACAUUACGGUCACCGACAAGAAUACCAGUGAGUAUGUUCCUUACACAGCUUCUUCCAAAACACCAUCAGCCUUAGAUACCUCUGGUUCUGCCAUUAGUGAACCUUACUCUCCAAAACCAAUUGCAGUAGACACAAGUUCCCCCGACCAAAUAUCUGAGUCACCUAAUCAAGUUCCAAACUACAAGCCGGCGAGAAUUGCUUCAACCAAACAAAAACCAGAACCAGAAGUGAUUGAGAAUAACAACGAGAGGACAAGAUCUUCACGGCGGAGACAUUCACCAGAAGUCAAACUUAAAACGUUGAAAGUUAAAGAAGAUUCACGGAAUGAGAAAACCAAACGAGUAGCAUCACACAACACCAAACCAACACGGAAUGCAGAGCUCUUUGGCUCUGAUGACUCUGAUCAGGAACCAAAAACCACGGCGAAAGCUGCUUCCGCUUCUUCCAGGCCUCAACAAAUCUCCAAGGACUCAACAUCUCUGAAUCCCACAUCGUCGUCUUCACACGAAGAGGAAACCACUCGAAAACGAAUGAAACUAAAGCAUGAUUCAUCUUCUUCUCGCAAAAAUGUUUUGGAUAAUUGGCUUUCGAAGGGCUCAAUAAAAAGCUCUGACAAACCAUCGGGAGAGAAGACAAAUGGAAAGUCAUCGUCGUCAAAGAAGUCUUCGCGACAUGAAUCCUCGAAACCAAAGACCUCCAAGGACGAUCAAGAGCGACAAGAACUAGAAGCGAAACAUAUAAAAGAACUCGCAGCACUUAGAGACGCACUCAAAGCCUCGCGGAAAUCUCCGCCGCCAGAAAUCGAGAUCCUAAGCCUUACCCAUCUUUCAUUUGAAGAUAUUUUAAAAACCUUCAAAGAAAUGCGCCCAAUUCUGGAUCCCAUUUUUAAAAUCUACUCGAAGAAGACAAAAGUAACUGGCUUCGAGGGGAUUAACCAUAUGAAAACUUUGAUGCUCAUCGAUGAUAAGAAACAGCUGCAAAUGCUCAAUUUCCUCCGUGAAAACUAUCAACCCAAUGAGAAGGGUGUUCCAAGUUUGACUGAUUUGUACAUAAACGCCAUGGUCCCCGAAUGGACAGUAAAUGUUUUCAUGAAGGAAUACAAGUUCACACGAUCGGAAGCGUUACAAAGACUUGAAGCUCAAGAGGAAUGCACGGUGCGUAAUAAUAGUGAGGAUCUAUUAGACAUUUCGGAUCCCAUAUGAAAAUUGAAUUAAGACAAAAUUUGUAAAAAAAAAAGAAGUUUUAUUGUUCUUUUAAAAUUUUUUAUUCGACGUAAUGUUGGAGUGUUUCUUAAAUAAAUUGUUUUUCUUUUUUUUGUUUAAUAAACUAAGUUACAAUUUGUGUCCACUAUCAAAAGAAUAAUUGGUUUGUUCCUUAAAGUAGCUAAGUAGGAAUUCAAAAAAGAAUAAUGAAGCGCCUUAUUUGUAUCUUGUGAGCAAACACAAACGAAUGAAAAUACAAAUUGAAACUUUUGAUGUGUACGUUAAUACAAAAAAGUUAAUAAUAAAUUCAGUCUGU